AUGGCGACCUGUAUGGUACCAAACAUUGGUAGAAAACUCUAUGAGGGUAAAACAAAAGAAGUCUACGAAUUGUUGGAUAGUCCAGGAAAAGUCCUCCUGAAGUCCAAGGACCAGAUUACAGCAGGAAAUGCAGCUCGAAAGAAUCAUCUGGAAGGAAAAGCUGCAAUUUCAAAUAAAACUACCACCUGUAUUUUUCAGUUACUGCAGGAAGCAGGUAUCAAAACUGCUUUCACCAAAAGAUGUGAGGAGACAUCUUUCAUUGCACCCAAGUGUGAGAUGAUCCCAAUUGAAUGGGUUUGUAGAAGAAUAGCAACUGGUUCUUUUCUCAAAAGAAACCCUGGUGUCAAGGAAGGCUACAAGUUUUACCCACCUAAAGUAGAAAUGUUUUUCAAGGAUGAUGCCAAUAAUGACCCACAGUGGUCUGAAGAGCAGCUGAUUGCUGCAAAUUUCUGCUUUGCUGGACUUAUUAUAGGCCAGACUGAAGUGGACAUCAUGAGUCAUGCCACACAGGCUAUAUUUGAAAUACUGGAAAGAGCGUGGAUGCCUCAGAACUGCACGCUCGUUGAUAUGAAGAUUGAAUUUGGUGUUGAUGUGACCACCAAAGAAAUUGUUCUUGCUGAUGUUAUUGAUAAUGAUUCUUGGAGACUCUGGCCUUCGGGAGAUCGAAGCCAGCAGAAAGACAAACAGUCAUAUCGUGAUCUUAAAGAAGUAACUCCUGAAGGGCUGCAGAUGGUUAAGAAAAAUUUUGAGUGGGUGGCAGAGAGAGUAGAGUUGCUUCUGAAAUCAGACAGUCACUGCAGAGUUGUCGUAUUGAUGGGCUCAACCUCUGAUCUCUCUAACUGUGAGAAAAUCAAGGCAGCGUGUGGAAAAUUUGGCAUUCCAUGUGAACUUCGGGUGACAUCUGCCCACAAAGGACCAGAUGAAACUCUGAGGAUUAAAGCCGAAUAUGAAGGAGAUGGCAUUCCUACUGUAUUUAUAGCAGUAGCUGGCAGAAGCAAUGGUUUGGGACCAGUGAUGUCUGGAAACACUGCAUAUCCAGUGAUAAGCUGUCCUCCCCUCACAGCAGACUGGGGUGCUCAGGAUAUAUGGUCUUCUCUCCGACUACCCAGUGGUCUUGGAUGUUCGACUGUACUUUCUCCAGAAGGAUCAGCUCAGUUUGCUGCUCAGAUAUUUGGAUUAAACAAUCAUUUGGUGUGGGCCAAACUGCGAGCAAGUGUAUUAAAUACAUGGAUAUCCUUGAAGCUGCCUGACAAGAAAAUCAGAGAAUCCAGUUCAUGAGAACUUUGUGGAGAAACUACAACUUCCUCGUGUAGCAGUAGGAAAAAAAAUCAUGUAAGAUGUAAAGAUUCUAAGUUAGAGAAAAUUAACUGAAUAAAUGA